AUGGAUAGCUCCAACGCCUACGAUCGUUUGCAAGAAAUGAAGGCCUUCGACAAAUCUAAAUCCGGUGUUAAAGGCCUGGUUGAAUCAGGAAUCACGAAAUUUCCUCGAAUUUUCAUACGGCCACCGGAGGAGAUCGCCGACGACGAAGGUCUCCGGAGUGAAAGAGGUCAGACCCAGUUCAAGAUUUCGGUGAUAGAUCUCAAAGACAUGGUCGCCACUGGAGGGGAUGGUGUUGAUGAUUAUGUGGUCGGCAAAGUCGGGUAUGAUGCCGAGACAGUGGGGCUUUUUCAGGUGGUGAAUCAUAGGAUAACCACAAAGCUGCUGGAGGAGACGCUAGCGGCGGCGCGUGAGUUCCACAAGGUGCCAAAAGAGGUGAAGAUGGAGUACUACGGCAGGGGGGAGAAGAGGAACGUAAAAUUGAGCCCAAACGUGGUAACUUGCAAAUGGAAAUCUACUCUAUGA